AUGCCUUCAUUCAACGAUAACCGCAUUCGGAAGCCCUACCAUCGUAGUAGAGGUCUCAUCCGCAACAGAAAUUUACAACAAUCUUUGAACAUCAACACCAGCCAACGUGCUGAUAAAUUCAAGACUAACAUCUUUGCUCACGCACACUUCUCCCCAACCCAGCCCAGCCGACCAACCUGGAAGCAGGAAGACGCACGGCUUCACGUUGAGAAGAAGGACUCUAUUUCGUUUCUCAUGUCUUCUCUUCACUCUGCAGCCGACGACUGGGAGUGCAAGGACUGUAGCUGGCAGCUUCGUAACCUGGCAGCCAAGUUCUACACUCAAUUCCACUCAAACAACAAAGGCCUGCCUACUUCCUAUCCUACGGAAAUGGCUGCCAGAGAACCUUCAUCUUAUCGACGAAGUCGUCACCAUCGUCGCCGAAAUUCAGACGCCGUGUCAAUGCGCUCUGCUUCCUCUGUAAGAAGCUCGGCUUCUUCGAACCUUGGAGGCGAUGUUGCGUAUCUAAGACGCUGCACACUAACAAAAGACGUUGGACAGGACGGGCAAUCCUUCUAUGGAGUCCACCAAGCCCAUCUUGAUCUUAGCCUCGGAGAAACUGUCAGCGUCCACAUGCGUCCAACCGACCAGAGGCGAAAGCUCAGCGAACUCGGGCCUGGAACCAUCGUCUCGGCUCCUUUCCAUAGCCAGAAUCGCGACGAAAAGGUAUCGACAACCAACUAUCACACAGCAGUCUCUGGCUUCGGCUCCAUCUACUCCAAGUACCGCAAGAUGAUCACCAUCGAGAUUUGGGGAGAUCAUGCCGUUUGCCUGCCCAUCUACAGUUACAACGGCAAAGGUCUUGAGAACCGUGGAGGCAUGGCAGACGAGUACAUGGAUAUUCGUGAUAUCGAUGACGACGAGCCUGAAGAUGGCGAUACCCAUCACAAACCUCUUAUGGCUAUCCGCAGUGAAGGGUGGCCUGGUAAGAACACUUUCAUCUGUGGCAGGUCAGUUGUCAAACUGACCGAGAAAAUCACCCACCACGCGUUCCAAAAGUGUUCCAUUGAAGGGUCUCUCACAAACUCGGACUUCCAACGUAUGUAUAAAGCAUAUCUCGGGCUGCUACAAUCAAAGGCGCUGGAGGUCUUUGGCAAACCUGUCGAGGCUACCAUUAUACCAAGCAAAGUAUAG